AUGCAUUCGCGUUCUUCAUCACUGUAUCAUCACGGAAAGAAAUUAUUGCUUUCCUCAUCAUCAUUGCCAUCAUCAUCAUUAAAUGUGAUACUGGGAAGCAACAUUGCUCAUUCUAGAAACUCCAUUUCAACUAUUAAACAAAAUGAAUAUAAAUUACUAGUGUUGAAUAAUUACCAAAAUACUUGUGCUCGUUUUUAUGCCGAUGAAGCAGCAGAAGAGGAAGAAGAAGACGAAGAAACAAAACUCAGAAGAAAACUUGAAAGUCUUCCAAAACCAAAAAUUGACCCACUUUUAAUUCCCCGAAGAAGAAGAGGAAUAACUUUGGAAUCGUUUUUGAAGAAUAUCGGCAAGGGAUGUGAGGAACAUAUUGACAAAUUCAAAUCAUGGGAAGACUUGUUUACAUCCAAAACUCUUAAAUUGAAGGCCAAGGAAAUUCCGGUUGCCCAACGUCGUUGGAUUUUGAAAUGGUUGGAAAGAUACAGAAAGGGAGAAGUUCCAGGAUUCCCACAAACCUAUUUGAAGUAA